AAUAUUUUGCAUUCUGUCAUUGUCACAUCAUAAAAAUCGUAGAGUUUGCUGAUCACAAAAUUGGUGUGUUAAAAACGAAACAAAUUGAAAAUAUUUCAUCCCAAAAUCGAGUGCAAUGUGUACUUAGUCUAUUUUUAUUAACUAAAUCGAAUCGACGUUUCGAACAAUAUGCACCAGCCCGACUAUGUAGCAUUCAAAUUUAGGUUAAAAUUCUAAUUAAAAAGACACGAAGAGUAGAGGGCCAAGAAAAUACGGCAAACGGGAAUAAGCUCCGAUUCGAUUUAUUAAUGAUGGAAUUUGAAGUCAUUUUCAUGUUAUUUAUUACGUUCGUGCUUAGUAUUUCAAUUAUAACAAUGUUAGCUGCCUGUGUUUGUUGUCGCAAAAGUGUUCCCAAAAAUGAAUUGAUGGGAUUGGAAGGUAUGGUCAAAUUAAAAAAUCCCGAUCACAGUUCCACCAAUGACGUAAUUGCCAUUUCGAAUGAUCCCAAGUCAAAUGAUGCGGAAGCCAAAAGGUCCAGUACUGCACCACAUCGAAGUCUUCCCGAUAUACCAAUAUCUGAACCACCAACUGGUGACACAGGCUCGUAUGAUCUGUACGCAACUGUGGGCGACAAAGUGGCCGAAAAACCACAAGGACGCAGUCCAUCGACGAGCAUGAAGAAACUGUCCAGUGUUUCGCAACACAGUUCGAUUAGCCAAGCUGACGAUGUCAGUUCGCCGUACGCUCGCGUUCGUUCUCCACCGCAUGCAUACGAUAAAGUUCGACCGGCCGAACAUCCGUAUGCACAGGUAAAAGCUGCCGGGCCCGCAACGUCGACGAGUGCAGACAAUGCAACAUCAUCGAACAGCGAUACGCUGGCGCCGAAUCGUCGUGAUUCAGACCAGAGUCUGUCAAAUGAGGAUGAAGAACUUUCGCGAUCACAAGUUCAUACCGUAUCGGCUGCAUCAGCAAUAGCUGGCCGAAUAUCAGCCAGUCAAGAACUACCAUAUAUGACGCCGCCCAUAGCACCACCACAGCAGCACUUUAGUGGUGAUUCGCAAGAUUCAUCCAAGGGUUACACAAGCAUCAGUGUACGAGAACCGUUGGCCAAUAUCAUAGCUCAAACAAAUCAACAAAUAUCGCACGCCAGACGACGCGAACUGAUUGAUUCGCAUUACGCAACAGUAUCGGAUGAUUCGGACGAAAUGUACGCCGCAAUUGAGGAUCCAAACAAUCAGGGCGAUGUGUAUACCAGUGGAUCCGAAACUUAUGCUCAAAUUCAGCCACAUGUUUCGCUGACAGUGGCUGCCGAAAUAAAUAACAUUCCAAGUACAUCGAAAGCAAGCGACGAUGUGGCCAAAACGGAUAAAUCACCGGCCGUCGAUCAAUCGCCGCAAAGGCACAGUAUAAUUAGUUCACAUCACGAUGAGUCACAUUUGCCACCGCCAGUUGAAAAUUUGAGGUCGGUGCAUUCGCGACAAGCAUCAUCUUCUAGUUCAGUGGGUAACUUAGGCUCACCGAAACCAGAAAAACGUCAAGCCAAUUCACCACUUCCUCCAACGCCAAAAAGCACCCAUUAUUUAAGUAACUCAAAUCUAACGAACAGCAGCUCAGUUCCUUCCGGCAGAAAUUCGGCCGCUUCGGUGAUAGAAGUCCAGCCAAUUGGUAGCACCAGUCGACAAGUGUCGCGUGAAAAUUUAUCCACAGACUCGAAAAAGCACAGCAAUGACGACUUUGUGCGGAAAAAGGGUCACAUCGAGGACCUGUAUGCCAAGGUGAUGAAGAAAAAUAAACUGUCAAAUGCUCCGUCGCAAAACACAUCUCCCGUGCCUUACCGUAAAUCAUUCCAAGAUAUACUGUCGCGACCGAGUUUGUACCUAUCCGAUCCAGAUAUUAAUUUAGACGAAGAUGCCUUGAGUACCCGAUCGAAUGAUCGGAACAGUACCGCUUUUGUGGGGACCACAACCGUACGCAACGAUUACGAAACCAUUGACAAGCGACGUCAACAUCGUAACAUCAAUUAUGAUGAUCAAAAAGACCAUGGUUAUGAGACGAUACCGGCUGGCGGAUCGAGUAGUCAAACGAUGACUACGACGUCGGCGACGACGGGUGUUAGUGAUGAUGGUGUGGAACAGCACCGAGCCCGUUCAUCAGCGCCAGCAGGUGUUCUCGCACAUGGCAUACAAAAAGUGUCACAAAAUUCUUUAGUAAUAUUCCACGGUGUUGCGUCCAGUGAACCGGGCUAUGAAAGCCUACCAGAUAAUUCGAAACUAUCCAGUGAAGUUGACUAUGAAACCGUUAUGUCUGUUGGUGAAAAGAAACCAAAUUCCGACUACGAUCCCAACUACGAAGUAUUAGUUCGACCCGUUAGCGACACCGACAACCUGUACGCCAAAGUGUGGGAGCAACCGCAAACCGACGACUUAAACGAUGGCUACAGCAGCAUAAAAAGCUUUAAAAAAGACCAUUCGAGUACGUCGACCAAUGCCAACCAUAAUUACGCUAGCAUAUCGGAGUCAAAUCCAUCGGACGCCUAUCGAAUAGCAAACGAGCGGCACAACUAUUCAACGAUAUCGGAAUCGCGUCAAGGUUAUGCCGAUGAAGUGCAUGCCGAUAAGCUAAUGAGUACAUCGGGAUACUCGACCAUAUCCGAAUCGAAAACCACACCGUCCAGCGACAGUGACACAAUGCACACGGGAUACGACAGUGUCGAUGGACUGCGCUUCCACAAUUACGAAUCGUUGACGGGCAGUGAAUCGGAUCCGAAUUAUGAAUCGGUUCGGUAUACGAGUACCGAUCGAAAUCCGUAUGAACGGUUGCACAAUGACUCAGCGACAUUGAGUCCGUCGGAUACGUUAUACUCUAGAUUAGAUACUACGUCCAGUUCGAAGGGCGAUGAAGAUCCAUCGCCCAGUUCUGAAAAAAGCAAUAACGAUAGCGUAGAGGUAGACGACUACUUUCAAGUCUGAUUACUGAGUACUGGUUAGCGUAAAUUAAAUUUAAAAAUUGUGAUUUUUCGAAUGUAAAUUUAUCUUUCCUUCCACUUUUUUGUUUUUUUUUUGAUGAUAGAGCUUAUGUUAAACAUAAAAAAAUUUAUUGAUUUUCAGUAUAUUUACUACAUAGAGAAAACGAGAAGAUUUUAGUGUAUUUACAUAGUGAAACGAGAAUUAAGAACACGCUGCCCCUUGAUAGAUUAAUUAAAUAUAUAAACACGUCGGAUGCUUCAUUUUUUCCCUUCUAUGUUAAAUCAAUCAGUCAAGAGCCGUAGUGGCUUCGUUUUUUUGUAUUUCAUAUUUUCGCUGGCUAAUUAGGAAAUCCCGUUCCCUUCUUUCACAUAGAUUUUUGGACUCCAUCACCCUCAAAGUCCAACUUUCGAUUCCAUUGUCCCCACAGUAAUGUCGACCAUAAAACCGUUCAUGAAUCCGUAAACACGGAAAGAUUUAAAAAUCCAAAACUUGAAAUCCAAUUUUUCACUUAUAUAAUCAGUCUAUUUUCACACCAACACACUUCAAGCAUGAGUGGUACUCUAAUUAGGGUACUGAAACUUGACAGUGCGUCACACAAUUGACAAACGCUGUAAAAAAAGGAUUUCAUGCAACAUCGUACUCUAUUUGGCUAUAAUCAUUAUAAUGAUCACUAUAAUCACUUUUGCUUGAAGUGAGUUGCACCACAGUAUUUCUAUGGUUUUCAUUUAAAAAAGAAAAGAAAAUAAACUAGAAUUACAGUGUGAGAAAUAAAAGAAGUUACAUUUUCAACCGAACGUUGCUAACUUGUACCGUAUGCGAUAUCCACGUUAUUAUUCAUGCAUACGUAUUGAAAGGUGGAUAUCGUAUGUAGGAGAAAGAACAAUAUAAAAUCGAUUGGAAUUGACUUUAAAUUUGAUUAUUAUUUAACGGAAUGGACUGAUGUAGUAGGUAUGGGUUCUGUUUUCAAUUCGAUUCCUGAAAGAAAAUUAUUGCUAAAUUGAUAGGUAACAAAGACUUAUGGAAUAAAAGUCUAAAAUUGCUACAAAGUAUUCAAGAGACUUCAUCUGUAUUCCUGUCAAAAUAUUGUUGAAAAAAAAUCAAACAAAAAAUUUAAAUCUGUGAAAUGAAGGUUCUGUAAAUUUAAACGGUUCUAAGGACAUUUUACAUAACAAAAUGUUGGUACGCGAAACAUUCUUUUUUAAAGUUCUAUGGAGAUGGACCAGCCAUCAGAAAAUUGUAAUGUCACCUCCUUCGUGAACAACUGAUAUGCGUGUUAACCUGUUCCUUCAGAACCUUGGAUGACAGUUUCCAGAUUUGAUUUCACGCCUUGAUGCCUUUCGAUCUCUUAUGCCCUGUAAAAUUUUACAGGAAGUGUCAGAUAUUAGAUUUACUCAUAAUGAAUGAACAUAUACACGUACAUUGUAUGCAAAUCUAGUACUUCGAAGAAAGAAAUAAUAGUAUAUUAC